ACAACUUGAGUAGGACAACAUGUUCGUCCAAUCGGAGAGGGCGUACAACGUGACCAUGUUGCUCGUCAGGCUGUAUUUAUAAAAGGUGAUACGCCCGCUUCGCCUGUUGUAGACAGCCUUAGCCGACAACAUGAAGUGCUCCGCUCUGAUCUUGCUGGCGUUGUUGGGCGCUGCCCGCGCGCAGUCCUACUACCAGGUGAUCGGCGACUGGGGAAACCGGUUCCAGGCCAAUGUGUUCAUCCCGGUGCCUCAGGACAUCCACGGCGGCUGGUCCAUGACCUUCCUGUUCGACAAGCCGGUCUACGACAUGGAGAUCUGGCGCGCCCAAGUCGUGAACAUCCGCGAAGGCAACAAGGCGUGGGACCUGUCGGACCUGGGCUGGAACUCCCACCUGGCCGCGGGCACCUACGACAUGACCUUCGUGGCCAACACCGACGGGUCUGCUCCCGGCAUGAGGCUCUUCUUCAACGGCGUGGAGGUCGGCUCUGGCGGCACGGCCACCACGACCCAGCGGCCCGGCGGCGGUACCACCACCUCGGGGGGCAAUCCAGCUGUCGUCAUCGACGGUCGGUACGACUACGUCGAGGCCCUGCACAAGUCCAUCCUGUUCUACGAGGCGCAGCGCGCAGGAAACCUGCCCAGCAACAACCGUAUCCCAUGGCGACGGAACUGUUGCCAAGGCGACGGCAGUGACGUCGGUCUGGAUCUGUCCGGAGGCUGGUUCGAUGCCGGUGACCACUUGAAGCUGCACUUCCCUCUUGCCUACACCAUCACCGUGCUGUCCUGGGGGAUGAUUGAGUUCAAGUCGGCGUACGAGGCUGCCGGAGAGAUGGGCUUCGCCAUGGACUCCAUCAAGUGGGUCACGGACUAUUUCAUCAAGUGCCAUCCCAGCAAGUUCGAGUUCGUCGCGCAGGUUGGAGACACCGAACCAGACCAUCAGUUCUGGGGUAAGCCCCAAGACAUGACCAUGCGCCGUCCGGCCAAGAAGGUCACUGCCAACCAGCCUGGCUCUGACGUCACGGCCGAGACAGCCGCGGCCAUGGCUGCUGCCUCCAUCGUCUUCAGGGAAAACGGAGACCCCGGUUACGCCGACACCCUGCUGAGUCACGCUAAGGACCUGUACGAGUUCGCCGACACCUACAGGGGAGAGUACCAGAACGUCGUCCACGAUACGCCAUACCCAUCCUUCGGCGGAAUGAACGACGAGCUUGUGUGGGGCGCGGCCUGGCUUCACAGAGCGACCCAGGACGGCAGCUACCUCAGCAAGGCGGAGUCGUACUACGAUCAGUACGGCAUCAGCUCCGGCGGUUUCAGCUGGGACGAGAAGCAGUCAGGAACUAUGCUGGUCCUGUACAAGGCCACGAACAAGGACAAGUACAAGAAUGACAUCAUCGGGUACCUGAGCAGGAAGAUGCCUGGCGGCGGGGACACCUACACACCCAAGGGCAUGCUGUGGCUGAACGAGUGGGGCUCCUGCAGGCACUCGGCCAACCAUGCUUUCCUGGCUCUGGUGGCUGCCGACAUGGGCAUCAACGUGGACCAGUACAGAGGCUUCGCGGCUCAACAGAUCAACUACAUGUUGGGCGAUGCCGGGCGCAGUAUGGUGGUGGGCUUCGGAAACAACCCUCCCGUCAGGCCUCACCACCGUGCAGCGACCUGCCCCGUGGACGGCCACUGCGACUGGAACACCUACAACUCCUGGGACGCCAACGCCAACGUUCUGCAGGGCGCUCUGGUGGGGGGACCCGACGCACACGACAACUACUCUGACGACCGCAGCAACUUCCACACCAACGAGGUGGCGGUGGACUACAACGCCGGAUUCCAGGGUUGUCUAGCAGCAUUGAUUAAGCUGGGCAUGAAAUAAACACCGACUACUCGGACCUGAAAUAAAGACCGACUACUCGGAAAUAUUUUGCUGAUUAAAGUUUUGUUCUGCAAACAUCGA